AUGCUUCCCGGAGCUGAAGGUGCUACUGGUGAUGACGCAGUUAAGGUGAUAUCUCUUUAUAAAAAGAGGACUCUAUCAUUAAAGAAGCAGCUAGAUGACAUUAACCAGCAGUUGUCUCCGGACUCUCUAAGAAGCUUGGAUGAGGUGGACAUUGCUAUGUAUUUGGAAUUGGUUGAGCGCCUUCGCACGAGUUUUGACGAAGCUCAAUCCUGCCUUGAAGCUGAGGAUCAUAGCGAAUUGGCCAGUGAAGUCAGUUGGUCGUUCGCUAGGUUACACAUGGAGGUUAAAGGCAAGCUCACACGUGAACUUAAUCAUCGCAGGGUCGACGUUGCGCACUCAUCAACAGCUCGUCCAUUCGUAAUCGAUGAUGCAUCUCCAUCGUUUAUUAUUUCUCAACGCAACCGACUUCCUGAAUUGCAAAUUCCACACUUCAGCGGUGAAUAUACAGAGUGGCCAGACUUCAUCGCAAUGUUUAACUCGGUUAUUAACAAUUGCGCUGAGUUAAGCAAAAUUGAAAAGUUUCAACAUUUGCGGGCAAAUUUGAGAGGCGCUGCCUUGGAUACAGUUCGUUCCUUGGAGCCAAGUGAUACCAACUACGACAAGGCAUUGGACCUCUUGAAGAAACGGUUUGGCAACCGGCUACUCAACUUUCAAGCGCAUAUAAAAGAAAUUUUCGCACUCAAAAAGGUGGAGAGCGGCUGCGCUUCUGGUCUGCGCUCGUUCAGCGACAAGCUAAACGCACAUCUGCGCUCUUUACAAACGAUGGCAACGGGGGAGCAGAUUGCUGAUGGAUUUCUCAUAUACCUGAUCUCUCAAAAGCUCGAUACAAAAUCGCAAAUCAAAUGGGAAGAAGAUCUGCCAAUAAAUUCGCUUCCAACUUGGACAUCUAUGGCAACGUUCCUGGAGAAGAGGUGUCGCAUGCUAGAAAAUGUGGAGGCCACAGUACCAGCAGCAAGCAGCACUUCCGUGGCAGGCAAACGUUCACCUCACGGUAACAGCAGUUCUCGAAAGGCACUUGUAACAUCUUCAAGCUUAUGUUCGUUUUGUGGCUCCACUAGUCACUGGAUUUAUGGUUGUUCUCAAUUUGGAGACUUAUCACCCGCUUCGCGUUAUAAGGAAGCCAAGCGCCUACAGUUGUGUCUCAACUGUCUUCGCCAGGGCCACACAUUAAACAAAUGCAAAUCAGGACAUUGUCGGCAAUGCACAUCAAAACAUCAUUCAUUGCUACACAUGCAUAAAGGUGAGCAACCUGCAUCGCUUCGUUCGGCCGACAACACAGGCGCUGGAACGGCACCAACGUCUUCGAUGAGAGUGCAGCAAGUAGCCACAGCUGCAUCAUCAGAAAACUUCGUCUUGCUGGCAACAGCAAUUAUACAUAUCAAAAAUCGUACAGGGUGUUACGUUCCCUGUCGCGCACUGCUCGACUCCGCCUCUCAGGUAAACUUUGUUACAUGGCGCCUGGUAAAUCAAUUAAAAUUAGAAACGAAAAAGAUAAGCACUUCCAUAUCUGGUAUUGGUGCAUCCAAUUUCGUCGCUGACAGGGCAGUUGACAUUUUCGCAAGGGCACGUAGUGAUGACUACACUUUCCCCUUUGAAGCUAUCGUUGCCAACACCAUCACCGAUCACCAGCCGAACUUCGACCUAAACAUCGAUUCGUGGAACAUUCCGCCGAAUGCCAAACUCGCAGAUCCGCUUUUCUAUAAAUCGCAACGAAUUGAUGUCUUGCUGGGAGCAUCAAUAUUCUUCGAGUUAAUGUGCGUUGGCCAAAUUAAGUUAGCCAAGAACCUUCCAAUCUUACAGAAGACCAGAUUAGGAUGGGUCGCUUCUGGUGGAGGACUACAUUUCCACAAAUCAUCGGCUUUAGUUGCAGUUCGUUUUCAUGCAGAAGAAAAGGAAGCUAGUCUCGAUGACCUUGUCAAGCAAUUCUGGGAAGUCGAGAGCUGCUCAGUUCUGCCCACUCAAUCGCAGGAAGAAAUUAAUUGUGAACUUCACUUUCAACAAAAUUAUAUUCGGCUUGAUUCUGGUGAGUAUGCUGUACGACUACCGUUAAAUCAAAACGCUACUAAUCUUGGCGAUUCAUAUACACAAGCCAAGCAACGGUUUUUAAGUUUAGAAAGAAAGCUGCAGCAGAAGCCCGGCAUUAAAGCUCAGUACUCAUCAUUCAUGGAUGAAUAUGCUGAGCUGAAACACAUGGCACCUGUAAGGUUGGAACCACAAAUUAAAAAUUUCUUUUUGCCGCAUCAUUGCGUUCAUAAGGCUGACAGCACAACAACGAAAUUGCGAGUCGUGUUCGAUGGCUCCGCAAAAUCAGCCAGUGGAUAUUCGUUAAAUGAUAUCCUCAUGGUUGGUCCAACCAUUCAGCCUAAACUCUUCAACACACUUUUGCGUUUUCGUAUGUUCAAGGUAGCCUUAACGGGAGAUGUCUGCAAGAUGUACUGCUGCGUACGCAUUUUGCAUCCGGAUAAUUACUUGCAAUGCAUCCUAUGGCGAGGCGACCCCAAAGCUGAAUUAAAGGCAUACACACUUGACACUGUUACGUCCAAGAAACAAUCAUGGAAGGACUUCUGCGGCAGCAUGGAGAAUAUAAAGGAAGUGGCUAGGUUAAGGAAGCUACAGUCCAAGCUACCGUCCACGCCAACGUUAAUACGCAGGAACGAUGAUAAAUGGACUGAAAGCUGCGAAGAAUCGCUGCAGGUCCUAGUCGAUAUGCACUUUCCAGGAUGUGUAGACAUGACAGAUGUGGAAUCUGGAAAAGAAAACGUGAAUGACAUCCCACCCAACACUAUUACAACAAGCAAGUUUGAAUGGGCAAUAAACAGUUUUGAUCCAUGCAAUUCGCCUGGAGGCGAUAUAUAUGAGACAUCUGAGGCUGGGCUAUGA